AUUCCCCGUCGUCCUUGUCGCUCGAAUUCAAGCAAUCAUGCCAGGAAAUCCUGGUUGCACGGUAUAUAUAGGUAACCUGGAUGAGAAGGUUUCUGAUAAGGUCUUGUAUGAGAUCCUUAUUCAAGUGGGGCGGGUAGUCGAUUUGUACAUACCUCGAGACAAGGAAACCAAUCGACCCAAAGGCUAUGCAUUUGCAGAAUACGAAACUGAGGAGGUAGCAGAUUAUGCUGUCCGGCUUUUCUCUGGCCUUGUCACUCUCUACAACAGGACACUGAAAUUUGCGAUAUCUGGGCAAGAUAAGCCCUCGCAGAACUUGUCCUCGCCAUUCACGCCUACAUUAAACUCAGUUCCUAAGCCACGAUUUCACCCUCUACAACUUAAUGGUACAGAAUCUUUCCAGCAUCCAUUGAAGUUAUCCCCAUCAUGCAGUACCCCACCAAAUUAUGCACAAGGUGAGCCUCCUCCCCCUGGAUAUAACAUAUAUAGAUCAGAUUUCUACGGCAAGAACUAUGAUUACAGUCGGAGGGUAUUCGGGGCAACUUUGAGUAGUAUUGGCCCCUAUAGUCCAGGACGAACACCAUAUGAUUCCAGAAAAUAAAUCAAUUUCCUUCCAAAAUGAGAUUGAACACUGAUAAUGUUAGCUUUCACAUCUAGUGCAGAGAGUAGGUUGGCA